UUGCCAAACAAAGCUGUAUACUACAUGCCACCUAUCGUCAACAUUCAUCUUGGUCACACAUCAUGCCAAAUCUCCGAUCUCGAAUGGAACGUCUUUUGUGCUCAAAAACCAGAAACCUUCACUGCUGUGGAAGCUGGCCAACGUGGCAGCGGAAGGUGGCUCGUUAUUUCUAACAACCAAGCGUAUGAAAUGCAUCAACCCGCUGACUCUCCAAGCUCGCUUUUCCUCACCUCUUCACGAUCAUACUGGUACUUGCAACCUAGACACCAUUUCUUUGGCUAGUGACUAUGCUGCUAAGAAAUUCUCAUGGUACAUUUCGCCCGGAAGGUUCAUGAACUCUGUUAAGUCCAAAUCAAGUUUUACCCCUCAAACAUGGACGCCACCGAGGCCGACAGACACGUCGACUGAUGAGCAAUCAUCAAAAUAUUCAGUCACCUGGCAUCUUCGGGGUAUUAGAAUCACGAGACCAACAUUGAAUCCACGCCUACAGUCUUAUUUCCGCAGCAUGCAACACGUUAUGAUUCGGACAUGCCAUCACUCGUCAAUUCACAAUGAAGCCUGCUCGAUCAUAAACGCCGGAUUCGGUGGUCAACCAGGAUUAUUAGCUGAGGGAUUAUUCAUCGCCAGAACUGCUCGACUGCGGUACAUCCGGACUGUGGCACUGCUCAUACACGAUGUUCUCAUAGAACUUAAUAUGUCGAACUGGGGUGCCAUCCACGCUGUGAGAGUGCACCUCAAAGAAUUUGCGACGUCGACUUUACGCAAGAUUUUUUAUGAUUUUUUGGGGGAUUUCAGGUUUAAAUUUAAUGCGACUGGUUUGGAGAAAGCUGACGAUACCCUUGAAGCUCUCCGAAACCAACAGUUCAACGCGGUAGCUUUAUAUGGCGAUCUUGUUGCGUUUGGCAUCAUCCCUCCCAGUCUACUUGUUUUCGUCAUGGAUGACUUCUUGAAUUGUAUAUCAUCGAUAUCCCAGUAUCGCAUCAUUUAUCUCCUGGUGCUCCGAGCAACAUCCCAGAACGUGUCCCCUAUACAUCCAAAUCGUUUGCUUGGCUGGCGCCAAAGGUUGCUCUAUCCAAUGCGAAUCACGCUGCGUCUGGACGACAAAAUGGUCCAGAGGUGGAUUAUCGAGAUCUCCAACUUGAUUGAUAAAGCUACCAUCCAAAACCAAACAACCGUGCAAUAGUCCGAUGCUACCAAUCCACCAGUCGCAAAUCAUGUCUGGGAUACGCAGCUCACCAGACAGGGUCUGCACGAUUUAAUUCGAAGUCAAUUUCAGAGGGCGCAGGUGCUUAGCUAAGGCUACGUAUGUUACCAGCGAAAACCGGACAGUGCUGGAGAAACGUGGGUCACCUGCCGUGUGUUUCAUAUGGUCUCUGAUGAGACAACCUAAUUGACGUAUCUUCUUCCGAGUCGUGUUGUAAUUCUCCUGGCUGCACCUGCUAUUAUCAUUACAUUUGGGGAUAUCCGUGGGCAAUCAAAUCCGUGAAUUUGCGGAACA